AACUUCUUCCAAGUAUGGUGUCCCACUCGGAACUUAGGAACCUUUUCUGUUCGGCUGAUGCCGUGUGUUUUGACGUCGACAGCACCGUCAUCAGAGAAGAAGGGAUUGACGAACUGGCCAAAUUCUGUGGCGUUGAGGACGCGGUGUCAGAAAUGACACGGCGGGCCAUGGGUGGGGCUGUGCCUUUUAAGGCUGCCCUCACUGAGCGCUUAGAGCUGAUCCGGCCCUCUAGGGAACAGGUGCAAAGGCUGUUGGCAGAGCACCCUCCACACCUGACCCCCGGGAUAAGGGAGCUGGUAAGUCGCUUACAUGAGCGAAAUGUUCAGGUUUUCCUAAUAUCUGGCGGCUUUCGCAGCAUUGUGGAGCACGUCGCUUCAAAGCUCAGUAUCCCAACAGCCAACGUAUUUGCCAAUAGGCUGAAAUUCUACUUUAACGGUGAAUAUGCAGGCUUUGAUGAGACACAGCCAACAGCUGAAUCUGGUGGGAAAGGAAAAGUGAUUAAAUUUUUAAAGGAAAAGUAUCAUUUUAAGAGAAUAGUUAUGAUUGGAGACGGGGCCACAGACUUGGAAGCUUGUCCUCCUGCUGAUGUUUUCAUUGGAUUUGGAGGAAAUGUGAUUAGACAACAAGUUAAAGAUAGUGCCAAGUGGUACAUCACCGAUUUCGUGGAGCUUCUGAAAGACCUGGAGGAAUAA